AUCAUCCUGUUUGUCAUACAGUUGAGUUGUCAGUUUGCCAUUAAUGUCUACUUUCAAUAAAAUAUCUAAGUAUGAAGCAGAAGUGGACGACUCUGUGGUGUCCUUUAUUUCGAGCUCACAGGGAUUAUGAAUGAAAGCUAUUAUUGUUAAUAGACAAAACGUCAUCGAUAUAUCUAAAAGUCAAAUUGAAGGCCACAGCUAGAGCUUUUUUCUUCUCGUGUAUUUCAGUUUCUCCAUCGUCGACGUUCCAUAUUUGUGCAGCAAUAUUCCAGUAUCACUUGCAGAUGGUCUUUAUGCCUCUCAACUGAUUCGAUACGCAAUAGCUUGUGGGUUUGACCAGUUUUUAAAUCGAGGCAGGCUACUGACAAAUAUAUUGAUGUUACAGGGGUUUGAACAGUCUCGUUUAAAGUCAGCAUUUCGCCAGGUUAAUGGCCAUACAGUGUUGCUCAAUAACUUAAACUAUGACCCCACUUUUUCAUUUUGAUUUCAUAAUUCUCCUUCCAUGUAUAAAUCAAUGAUAUAUAUGUACUUAAAAAAAUACUACAAAACUCAGGAGCGAAUCUCUUUAGUUGGUACUUUGGUAUUAUUUCAAAUAAAAAGAGAUUGCUAUUUUCAUUCAAAAUGUAGUAGUUUCAAUCUUGCUUCAACAUAAAAAAGUUCAACUUUGAAGAAAUGUUGCUGUUUGAACAUUGAAAAAAUAGUCCUGAUUUUCAAUUUCUUUUCAACGUAGAAAAACCGCUAUAAUAGUAAUGGAAAAUUAUGUUGCAUCUUCAACGUUGUUUCAGCGUUGAAAUGUUUCUUAAAUUGUUGGAUCAACAUUAAACUGACUGUAGUUGAUCGCCAUUUCAGCCAUGAUUCAAAGUAUUCUCAAAGUUGAACAAUGUUUUGUAUCAACGUUCUUUGUUGCACAUACGUACAUUUUGAAAGGAAAGCCGAUUGCUUCAAACUAUAGAAACGUAGAAUAUCCAAUCAUUGGUUCAGUGAUGAACAGCAUGGCUCUAAGGUACAGAACCUUUAAAAUGUUUCCAAACAUUUCUAUAGGAGUAGAGAUUAAUGUAAGAAUAAAAAACUAUUACAUAAAAUCUAAAUGAAAUAGGGAAUCCCGAAAAAGCCAGCCAUAACCUUUUGGAGAAUAGUUUUGGAUAUUUUGAACCUUGAUUUCCCACCAAGAUUUGAACCCUGUUUUAUGUGACACAGUUUGAGGAUAUUAAAAUGUGAGAAUCACAGAAUGAAAAGCGGUCAAUUUAGGAAACGGGAUUUUAGCCUUUGCUCUUGAUAUGUAAGCAUUGGUAUAUGGAAUUCAAAGACUGAUUACUAUAUGAUUUGCAGGUAAUGUUGUAGAAUAAGAAUUAGUAAAUAUGUCGGCUUAUUCAGUUUUUCCUUUCCUUUAUGCCCAUCGUUCCUCUCGAAGCAUAGGCCGUCUACAAUAGUCCUCCAAAGUCUUGGGCUGCCCUCUCUAGCUCUUUCCAGGUGUGCCCAUCUUUUCAAGGUCGCGUUACUAGGUGUUUCCUGACCGUCUUCUCUCCCGUUGUCCCUCGGAAUUCCACGAGAACGUAUGUCUGGUGAUGUUAUUGGCUGGUUUCCUCAGGGUGUGUCCAAUCCAUCUACAUCUUCUUAUUCAGCUUUUAUUGUUUCAAAAGCCAUUUAGUAAUAGCGAGGAUACAUUGAUUUAAUUCUACGUAUUGUACCAAAGGAAUGUGUCGGUAUAAAAUUCGAUUUACCGAAUAUCUUCAGUUUCUUUUCGGUGGUAACGGCUUUUAUUUAUUUUCCAGAGAUCAUAGAUAAUUUUAGAAAAGAAACGUAGGCUAGAAAAAUAUUUAAACGUACUGUCCUCCUCAGUUUCUGUAAAUCUGAACUCCUCCGUCGUAAGCAAUUUUCGCAGUUCACCAGUUCACCCUUUCUUUACCGAAUUCCUUGCAGUGUUUUGACAGCUGAUACAACGUGCAACCCAUAUUUAUAGAUAUCUACCUGUAUAGCCUAUUAUCUGCUCCUUUCCAACACAUUUCAUGUGUCUUCCUUGACGAUUAUCUUUCACGAUGUUUAAAAUGAGCUUUACUACUAGCAUUGAGUACCGCGUUCGAUUUUAAAAUCCCAUACGUUUGUCAUUGGGAAAUGUUGUUGGUAUAUCUUCUGUGACAUAAAACCCCGUUGAUAAAUUAUCAUAAAUAAGAAAUCAUUUCAGUAGUUCUCAUAACACACAGACAUUUGUCAGACAUAAAAUUUCAAUUUUAUAAAAUGUUUGAAGGGUACUUAAUAUUAAUUCAAGACUUCCAAUGGCCUUGCCGCUUCAGUCGUCAAUGCUACAAGGAUGAAAAAUAGGUAAUUUGAGACUAUUAUUUUGUCCUGCUUUGAAAUGAAAAAUCGUUAUCAGAUUUUUAUGUUGUCAGAUUUAUUUUCAUAUAACUAUCCUUGAAUGAAGUUAAAGCAAAAUAAAUAUUACGAACACGUAACUUCGCUCCCACGAAAUUCACAAAGAUAAGACAUUAUCAGUUUGAAUAAAACCGGAAACUCGACAGUUUUCCUUACUGUGUUGCUACGAUGGCCACUUUCAUAGGCCGAAAAUCUGAAUUAACAGAUUUGACAGCAAAACUCAGACAAUGUGAUAUAGUUGUCGUUCAUGGAUUGAAAGGCGUCGGAAAAUCAUCUUUAGCAAGAGAAUACUGUAAGCACAUUGCACAACCUUACUUUUGGAUUGACCUCCGAAACAUCACUGAUUCUGAUGAAAUUCUGCAGUCGCUUGUCAGACAUUUUAUACAGGAGGCAAUCGGAGUUGAUGACCCUAGAGAAUUGCUAAGUGUCGUAUGUGAAAAUAUUGUAGAAAGGAGACACGAUUUAGUAAUUGUCUUUGACAACGCAGACGACAUUUUUAAAACCGAAGAGGAUAUUUUGUGUGCAGACAUUUUACUUUCACUUUCACAAUUGAAAAAUACUAAGGUAUUGGUGACAUCAACCUCCAGGUUUCGCACGAAAACUAUUGAUUGUGAGGAGUUUUUAUUGAAGGAACUGUCUUUUGAGGAUUCGUUUGAUCUAUUAAAGAGUAUCUGUCCAAAUCUGAAGGACAUAGAAAAAAUAGUAAAGACUGUUGAGCUUUGUGAAGGUCUUCCUCUGGCAUUGCUUCUGACCGGUGGGGAAAUAGAGGACAACUCACUGAGUGUAGAUGAAAUUAUAUAUCUACUUAGUCACCACAGACUUAAGAUAUUGAGUUCUGAAUGCUACCCUCAAGAUGAGCAAAUCGAACCCAUUUAUAAAGGCUUCUUGGACAGACUUCCCAAAGAUUUGGAAGAAAAAUUAACAAUUGUGAAUUACAUUCCAGGCACAUUUGAUUUAGAAGAGGCGAUUGAUAUACUGGGGUCUGGUGAAGACGAGUCACUUGGCACACUGCAGAUAUUCUUACAUCGUCAUUUGAUUACACGGGUUUCAGACAAAAGAUUCGACAUUCAUGGAAUUUUGAGAGAUUGCAUGAAGGAAUAUUUGAAGAUCAAAGAUAUAAAAGGUGUUCGGGCGCGCUUCUGCAAAACCUUUUCAGACAUUCUAAAGGAGAUAGAGAGGAGGACAUACACAAGAGAUUACGCUGAUGCUUUAUGCAGAUUGAACGUAGAGCACCAGAACUUUAACAAACUAUUUACUGACGUCAUCUACUGCACAGAGGACACCUAUCAUGUGUUUAUAGACUUAGCAGCAACUACAAUAGCGGGGGGAUCCAUCAUAUUCACAACCAUGGCAAUGUAUAACGUUGGUGUAGAGUUCUAUGAAAACUGUUUGAAGAAAGCACAGGAAUUCAGAGCAGAUCUGGACGAAGCAAAAGUGUUGACAGGAUACGGAAGAGUAUUGACAAACAUAAAGGGCGAUUAUGCACAAGGUGAAGAAAAAUACAAAACAGCAAUGGAAAUUCGACAACGCCAUCCCGAGCGAAGAGAUUAUUAUUUUGCUCUUCUAUGUCAAAGCUAUGGCUGGAAUCUGGGAUCCCAGGGAAAGUUUGUUGAUGCCAUACGAAUCCUGGAGGUAGCAUUCGAAGUGGAAAGGGAGUUGAAAAUGCAUUAUGAAAAUUUAAUUCUACAAACCAUGCAAUCUCUGGCAAUAUUUUUCAAUGAGUCAGGCAACACAAAGAAAGGGGAGGCUUUUCAAAAGGAGGUACUGAAACGAAGACUUCAUGUCAUUGGAACAGAAAAUCACCCCACCAUUGGGUCUAUCAUGAACAAUAUGGGUAUCUUGUAUCAAAGAAAAAAGGAGUUUGUGAAAGCUGCGGAGUAUUACAGAAAAGGCCUCCACAUCAAAGAACAAACAAAUGCUCCCCUGAAAGCAAUCAUAAUAUCUCAAACCAAUGUUGCCCAAAGUUUGUUGGAGAGCGGGCAGAUCGAGGAAGCAAUGGAACUAUUGGAAAAUAGUUUCAAAAGACUUGAAGAUUUUCCAGACCUCUUUAGUCAAGUAAAAUCUUGGCUUUGGGAAUCAAUUGGCAAAGCAUAUAUUAAGGUUAGUAGAAUCGAAAAUGCAGCAGAGGCUUUACAGAAAGCGAUAGAACUGCGAUCUCAUAGCUCCAUGAACGAUCAUUAUAUACUAGAAUUGGUAUGUUUGUACGCAAAGUGCCUUCUAGAUUUGGCUGAGAAUGAAAAGGUUAUAGAGGAAAUAGGACAGAGACUUCAUUUACGAAAACUUGUUAUAAAAAAUACCCCUACCAACCCUACUAUCAUUUUGACGUAUGAGAAUUUGAUGGAGGCACAAUUUGCUUUGAAGAGAAAGAAAGAUUUGGAGAAAACCUAUGAAGCUGGAAUCGAUGAAUUUCAUCGUCUAAUUAAAGUGAAUGAAGACUUGGGAAAUUUCAACAAACGAGAAGACAGACUUAAGAUAUUGAGUUCUGAAUGCUACGCACAAGAUGAGCAAAUCGGGCGAUUAUGCACAAGCUAUGGCUGGAAUCUGGGAUCCCAGGGAAAGUUUGUUGAUGCCAUACGAAUCUUAGAGGAAGCAUUCGAAGUGGAAAGGGAGCUGAAAAUGCAUUAUGAAAAUUUAAUUCUACAAACCAUGCAAUCUCUUGCAAUAUUUUUCAAUGCAUCAGGCAACACAGAUAAAGGGGAGCCUUUUCAAAAGGAAGUACUGAAACGAAGACUUCAUGUCAUUGGAACAGAAAAUCACCCCAUCAUUGGAUCUAUCAUGAACAAUAUGGGUAUAUUGUAUCAAAGAAAAAAGGAGUUUGUGAAAGCUGCGGAGUAUUACAGAAAAGGCCUGCACAUCAAAGAACAAACAAAUGCUCCCCUGAAAGCAAUCAUAAUAUCUGAAACCAAUGUUGCCCAAACUUUGUUGGAGAGCAGACAGAUCGAGGAAGCAAUGCAGCUGUUGGAAAGUAGUUUCAAAAGGCUUGAAGAUUUUCCAGACCUUUUUAGUGAUGCAAAAUCUUUACUUUGGGAAUCAAUGGGCAAAGCAUAUAUCAAGGUUAGUAGAUUCAAAAAUGCAGCAGAGGCUUUACAGAAAGCGAUAGAACUGCGAUCUCACAGCUCCCUGAACGAUCAUUCUAUACUAGGAUUGGUGUGUUUGUACGCAAAGUGCCUUCUAGUUCUAGCAGAAAAUGAAAAGGUUAUAGAAGAGAUAGGACAGAGACUUCAUUUACGAGAACUUAUCAUAAAAAAUACCCCUACCAACCCUACUAUCAUUUUUACAUAUGAGAAGUUGAUGGAGGCACAAUUUGCUUUGAAGAGAAAGAAAGAUUUGGAGAAAACCUAUGAAGCUGGAAUCGAUGAAUUUCAUCGUCUAAUUAAAGUUUAUGAAGAUUUGAAAAAUUUCAACAAACGAGGAGACGUCCUUGAACACCUGCGAAAGUUCAAAGCUAAAUAUUCAGAUAUGAUGGUUGAAUUAGGAUGCGAUGUUCCAGUGGAAUGUCCCAUACAUGAUAACUUCUUUCUCAUAUCAUUUUGUGGACUGCGAGUUAUCUGCCUUGUAUUUUUAUGUGUGUGCAUCAAAAACAAAGAACGUUAAUGACAGUAAAAGAUUUUAGUCUGUUGAUGUAUAGAUAUUUUUCUGUACCCAGUACAGAGUAGUGGUAUUGCAUUUUCGUCAUCAGCACUUUAAUAUGUGAGUGAUUGUCCUGUCCAUAUGAAUGACUAAAAAAGAUCAUAUUGAUCUUUUCUAAAAAGUGAAUGAAAGAAGCUUGGUUGGUUGUUUGACUCAUAUUGAGAUUUCAUCAGCUGAAAGUGAAGUACCACAAAUCUAGACCUAUGCUUAGCGGUUGCAGUGAGGUUUCGUUAACACCUACCGCGACACCGAACCCCCGUUUUUAUGUCAUACCCGAGAUAACUGUGAUUUUCACUUAUAAAUGUAAUGUGUUUAGCAAAGGAGCAAUCGCUACCUAUGUUUACUUCUUAUGUUUGGCACGGACAGGACUCACCCUCACAACUUACCCGAUUAUGAGUCGGACGCACUACCACUGACCCACCGCGACUGUCCCAACUUACUUCAUACCGUAUGAAAUGAGUAGAGACGAUUUUCAUUCCUUAUGAUUUAAUAUAGUUGAUGUUAGUUUCAUUCUUUAUCAGGAGUAUAAUAAAGUGGUUGGUUACACUUGUCCAAAAUGAAUUAAAAGUUACAUGUGUAACCAAUAAGUCAUUUAUUGGUA